GUGCGGGGAUUUUUCCUCGGUCCUCGGUCGCAGGAGGAAAAGGCGUCGUCGUUAUCCCGUGAAAAGUAAGAAGCCAGCAGCGAAAAAGCGUGCCGAAAAGCGUUGCUAGCCGCCCGCGAAGAUGUGGCCGACGAAUGUGUGAAUGAGUUUCGUGUGUGCGAGAGUGGUGCGUGCGUGAAAAGGUGGCGAACUUUUUUCCAUUUUUGCAGCGGCAGGCAUAAUCGCGUGAGUACUACGUGACCGAAAAAAAUCGGACCCCUCGGAUGUGCGAGGGGAACAGAGAAGGGCCGAUCGAAACCAGCGAGCCAGCCGCAAGUGUGCAAGAGUGAGAGAACGAACGAACGAACGAAAGAUAGAACGAAAGGACGAGUGAGCGAGCGAGCGAGCGAACGUACGAGCGUGCGAGCGAGCGAGCGAGCGAGUGAACGCGUGCAAGGAAAAGAGCAAGAGCGAGUGAACGCGUGCGAGGAAAAGAGCAAGAGCGAGUGGUGUGUGCUGCUGUGUGUGUGUGUGUGAGGCGUAUGGUGUGAAUCUCGUGUGCACGCGCCGCCUUCCUUCUUCCACCAAACCAGAGCAAAGCACACCGAAAAUUAUUUGAUGCACGUUCUGAACGUCGCUUAAUCACCGCCGCUGCCGCCGCCGCCGCCGCCGCCGCCACCGGCCUUCGCCAGAAAAGUAAGAGGACGACCUCCAAGCACCAACAAGAGGCCGUCGUCAACAACGACAGCAACAGCAACAAGGAUAACACGAGAUACCGGCGGAAAGAGGAAGAAAACGAAACCGUCGAAGUGGUGGAAAGUUUGUUUUGCCCGGCGCCUCCUUCGAUCGCGAGACCGUUUUCAGGUGGAAAUAUAAAACCACCACCAAGGAGCAGCAGCAGCAGCAUCGGGUAGCUAGAUGAAACACGAGAUGGAUCCAACCGGCACGGUGAUGGUAGCGGAGGAGGAAGGCGAUGAAGCGGUCGAGAUCCCGCUGGAAGAGGACGGUACGCUGCUCCUGUCGACACUGCAGGCCCAGUUCUAUGGGGCCUGUGGACUCAAGUAUCGCAAUCCGGAGAACAAGGUUAUCCGCGGAGUUCGGCUGAACGAUGGCAAGCUACACCCGUUCUCGCCCGAUUCCGGCUGGGGCAACCACGUGUACAUCUGCGUGUUUCCCAAGGAGAACAAGCGCAAGAGCGACGAUCGGCUCGAGAACUCGACACCCAAAACCAAGCGCAUCGAGAGCCGGAACCGCACGACGACCGAUCUGAUCGUGCUGGGACUGCCGUGGAAGACGACCGAGGAGCGGCUGCGCGAGUACUUCGAGAGCUUCGGCGAGCUGCUGGUGGUGCAGCUGAAGAAGGACGCCAACACGGGCCAAUCGAAGGGCUACGGGUUCAUCCGGUUCGCCCGGUUCGAGUGCCAGAUGAAGGUGCUGUCGAAGCGCCACCUAAUCGAUAGCCGGUGGUGCGACGUGAAGGUGCCGAGCAGCAAGGAUCAGAUGCAGCAUCAGAUGCCGAGCAAGAUCUUUCUCGGCCGGCUGACGGAGGACAUCAAUGCGGACGACAUCCGGGGCUACUUCAGCAAGUACGGCGAGGUCGCGGACGUGUUCAUCCCGAAGCCGUUCCGUGCGUUCGCGUUCGUCACGUUCAUGGAUCCGCACGUGGCCCAGAGCCUGUGCGGCGAGGAUCACCUGAUCAAGAGCACCUCGGUGUACGUGUCGACGGCGUCGCCCCGGCCCGAGCACGGCCGGUACCGGGGCAAGAAUCAGAUGGGAGCAGGAGGCGUAGGCGGUGGUAGUGGCAAUGGUCCCUCGUCCUCGGGCUACGGCAGCGGUGGAGGUGAGCACGUUGGUGGGGUUGGUAGUCGCGGAGGUGUUGGUGUCGUUGGUGGUGAGGGAAACGAGUACUGUGGUGGUCCGCAUGGCCAUGGCCAUGGCCAUGGUCAUGCUCAUGGUCAUCCGGGUGGCCAUCAUCCGAACAAUAGCUAUCAUCACCAUCACCAUCACGGUGGUGGUGGCCCGGGCCCGGGCCCGGGGGGGUACAACAAUAUGCCACAGGUGGCGGGCGGCGGUGGCGGCGGCGGCGGUGGUAGUGGCAAUCAGCGGCCAGUGUGGAACUACAACGAGUACACCACGCAGAACCGGCAGAAUAACAGCAACAUCGACUCGAUGCCAAACCUGCAGGCCCUCGGGCUCAAUUCGAACGGUCCGAAUGGGCAGGGUGGUGGUGGAUCGGGCGGUGGUGGUCACCAUGGCGGUGGCAUGGGUAAUCACCUGAGUGGUAGCGGUGGACCCGGUCCCGGACCGCACGGUGGACCGGGAGCGGCAGUCGGCAACAUGAACCUCAAUCAGAUGCCCAUCAACCCGGCCAUCAUAGCGGCCGCCCUCAGCCAGUGGAGCCUGAUCGGGAACCAGAUGCAGAAUUCGGCGGCCACCGCGCACGGUGGUGGCGUCGCUGGACCAGGCGGACCGGGUGGCCAUCCGGGACCGGGUGGUCAUCCGGGAGGCGGUCCAGUAGGACCGGCUGUGGCCGGUGGUGGUGUACCUCCCGGACCACCGGGUGGUGCUGGCCCCGGUCCCGGUCCCGGCGUGCCGGGUCCCGGUGGUCCGGGUCCCGAGUAUCUGUCAUGGAAUGGAAACGGAGGCAACGGGGUACCGGGGGCUCCCGGUGGUGGUCCCUCGGUUGUCAGUGGUGCUGGUGAUGGUGGAAGCGGUGGAAAUGGCCGGGUCGAACCAAACCGUCAAUGAGAUUCAAUCCCUUCUACUACUAUUACUACUACUACCGCUUCUACUUCUACUACUACUGUUGUUACUGCUGCUACUACUCUUACCCCUACCCCUAUCCCUUCUCCACCCUUGUCCACCACCAUCACCGGUACCGCGGGCGACCAGAGCAGUCGUCGUCCUCUAUCACCCCACCGUCGUCGUCGUCCUAGUCGUCGUCGGAGCACCGGUGGCAGUAGUAGCGAGAGCACGGCCCAGGAAGUCGAUCGAUCGAGCCUCUUUUACGCGAAUCCCGGCCCACCCCCGUCGGCACCUACACUCUCCGGCCGAAAACCAGAUGGACGAAGCCGAAGCUGUGUGCGUGUGUGCGAGUAUGAGGAGGGUCCUUACUGAAACGGGACAAUCCUUAUCGUACCGCAAGCUCAAAGCAGAAGAAGAAGAAGAACAACAACAACAACAACUCCACAGGCGGCCUGCAUGUUGAUGUGAACCAAAAGCAAACCUCCCUCAACCCUCCCCUAUUCGCGUUGCUGCGGCUUCUCGCGGAAUGAUGGAUCUUGGAUCUGGUUGUUCUGCACUGCUGCUGCUCCACACCGUAACAUGAUGAGCCCGAAGAAAGGAACUGGCCACACCGCCAUCGCUACGACCAACACCACUACCCCCACCACCACCACUACCAUCAUCAUCAUCAUCGUUACCAUCACGAGACAACUCUGAUUUGUUGCGUUUUCGCGUGACGGAAUCCUUUCUACUCUACCUUCUCUAAUCUAACGAUUAUGACGGAUGGAUGCCUGCGGGUGCUGAGAAUGGAUGGUAAUAGGUUGGAUGAUGCUCGCUCCUCCCGUAUGUGUAGCGGUUACUAUUAGGUAGUAGUAGUAGCAAUCGUAGUAGCCCGGCGGUAGACUAAAGACUACUUUGCGUGUUUGUUUGUGUGUAUCUCUUUGGAUAUGUGCGUGUGUGUGUGCGUGUGUGCGAAUGAACGGCGACGACGACGAUUUGAAAAAAAAUCUAGAACAUAGGGAAUAAAAAUCGCGAUUGCGUUUCUCUUACGCUCUUCGAUUCUUGUGCUUGUUUAAAAACACAACGGAAAAUACUAAAAAAUAAGCAAAAAAUAUAACAAUAGCAUUAUGAACGUGUGUUUGUGUGUGUGCGUGUUUGCGUGUUGUGUGUGUGUGUGUGUGUGUGUGUAUUGAUUGUGUGACAAAAGAGAGAUAGAGAGAAAACAAGAAGAAAAAGCAGGAACAAAAUCACCCGCGUGGUUGCUUUGGUUUCCCCCGUUCAACAUCAGCAGCAGAGCGCCGCAUCAGCAGUAUAGAAAUAGAAUGCACGAGUUUCGAGACGAUUGAACGAGAAAAAGAGUGUGCGUUUGAUCGAGAGGCUGAUGAGAUGUUCGUAAUCUAACUAUCUAAGGUGAAAUCGUGACGAGACGAAAAGUGCGCGCAAUGUAUGUUGAGCAAGAUCGAGACAACAACAAUAGCAGAUGGCAUGAAAACUGGAGUAAAAAAAGCAUUAAAAAUAUUAAAACUAAAUGAUUGGACCUCGCUUUUUUAUUUAGCUG